GCCAGCCCGCUGGUCCCAGCCCCGCAUCUGGCCCGCUCCCCGGGCCAAACCCGCCCAGCAAGCAGCUCCUCUCACUCGCUCUCCGCCUGUUUCCCCGCACAGCUCGGACCGGACACACACUCACACACACUCACACACACACUCAGGCAGGCAGACAGACGCACACACGCACCAGAGACGCGAGGACUCGCCAUGGAGACGGAAGGGAGCCAGACCUGCCUAGUGUCCACCACGGACUCCCCCCACGACCCCUGUAAAAUGUUCAUAGGUGGACUCAGCUGGCAAACUACACAAGAGGGUCUGAAGGAGUACUUCUGCAAGUACGGCGAAGUGAAAGAGUGUAUGGUGAUGCGAGAUCCGGUUACCAAGCGCUCGAGAGGGUUUGGAUUCGUCACCUUUGUUGAUCAGGCCGGCGUGGAUAAAGUUUUGGCUCAAACCAGGCACGAGUUGGACUCCAAAACAAUCGAUCCAAAGGUCGCCUUCCCCCGGAGAGCUCAGCCCAAGCUGGUGACUCGAACCAAGAAGAUCUUUGUGGGUGGCCUGUCAGUAAACACAACCAUCGAGGACGUCAAGCAAUACUUUGACCAGUUUGGAAAGGUCGAUGAUGCCAUGCUCAUGUUUGACAAGACCACGAACAGACACAGAGGUUUUGGAUUUGUGACAUUUGAGAACGAGGACGUGGUGGAGAAAGUCUGCGAGAUUCACUUCCAUGAGAUCAACAACAAAAUGGUGGAGUGCAAGAAGGCUCAGCCCAAGGAGGUGAUGUCCCCCACUGGCUCAGCCAGGGGGCGCUCUCGGGUCAUGCCCUAUGGGAUGGACGCCUUCAUGCUGGGCAUCGGGAUGCUGGAUGGUUACACUGAUUUCCUCUCCACAGGUUAUCCAGGAUUUCAGACUGCCACCUACACCAGUCGGAGCUACGCAGGCAUCACUCCCGGAUACACCUACCAGUUCCCUGAGUUCCACUUAGAGAGGACUCCCCUUCUGACUUCACCCCACCCCCCUGAGCUCACAGCCAUUCCUCUCACAGCAUAUGGACCAAUGGCAGCAGCGGCGGCCGCGGCAGCAGUAGUUAGAGGCGCUACCCCUUCUCGCUCAGCUGGAUUUUUAGGUACUAGCAGCCCCGGGCCGAUGGCAGACCUUUACGGGACGGCCAGUCAGGAGUCGGCGGUCAGCAGUUACCUCAGCGCUGCGAGUCCCGCUCCCAGCACCGGAUUCAGCCAUAGUUUGGGGGGCCCUUUGAUUGCCACGGCCUUCACUAACGGCUAUCACUGAGAGUGUGAUGCAGAGCCGUAGACUGAGAGCUGGAAGGAGUUGACGCUGCGUUGGAGCUGAUCUGGCCUGUCUCUGUCCGCUGAGUCUCCGGCUGUGGCGGCUGAACCUUCACCUACGACUGUGUAGCCACAACCGGACGACCUUUUCCCGACACCUCACUAAACUCCACCUCGUCGGGAAUAAAAAAAACCUUAUAAAAAUGAAAAAAAUGUUUAAAAAAAAAAACAAGAAAAAAGAAAACUGGAAAAGGAGCAAAAAAGCUUAUCACUACUUGUAAUAGCAACAUGUUCAAAUGCUGUAUUUUUUUUGUUUUUUUUGCUGUCAUGUCACACCUUGCUGUUUUUUUGUGAUGGCCACAUGAUUUCAUGAUUGUUUUAGUUGUGUUUAUUGGGUUCUUUGACCUCCCUAACCUGAUUUCUCUGAGAUAAGAUGAGUUAAGUUUCCAGCUGUCAACCAUUUGAAGGUCCGUUUUUUGAAGCUGUAAGAUAACUGGAAAUCUGUAUAUUUAUCUCUAGUUCAUACUGAAUUUUAACAUUUGGAUUAAUUCUAUUUCUUGGAAAUAUGUCACAAAUUGUAUAUCUUGGUAGGUUUUUAACAAUGACUUGUUACACUAAUAAUAAUGGUCAAACGAGAGAGGUCGUUAGUCAACAGUUGCAUAAUUAGCCCUUCAUGAGCUGUACAAUUUUGUAAAUUAUUGUAAAUAUGACUGGUUUCUGAUUGGCAGGGAUCUGCUGGUUUUUCCGUGUCUGGGAAGGAGAGGUACGAGUGCAUAUUUUGUCAAUCCCUACAUGUGGGAAAGCUUGUCUGUUACGUAUCAGAGUCCCACCUGGAGGUCAAGACUGUUCAGUUCGUCUGUCUACGUUAGACCAGCCAUACACUAUUUCUUUUCAGGCAUUUCUAAAAACCAUGUGUCAUGUGCGUCUAAUAUGACGGUCAAAAGCUUACUCGGACGCUUUCACUUUUGACUUCAGCAGGAAGUCACCACCUAACAUUUUUGAGAAAUGAGAGUGUGAAAAACGCUCUUUUGUCAGGAGAGGAGGAUAAAAAAAACAUGCUGUUUUCUUACUUUAUCAUAUUGUUUUAACUGAUUUUUCUUAAUGUGCUGUUUGUGAAGGAUGUGAAGGACUGGAGUCGGCGUAUUGGCGACUCCAGUUCCUCUGCAGGUUGCAUUGAUGUUUGUGCGAGCAUGUCGUGGUUUUGAUCACAUUGGUUUCCAAUGUGCCAUGUGCUGUUUUUUUUUUGUUGGGGGGGGAGGGGUCCUCUGUUGCAAAAUGUGAAAUAUUAAUCUGACUUUUUUAUUACACUAACAUUUAUCUCAAAGUGUGGAUGGGUCAGCCUUUUAGAAAAGUGGCUCUUCAGCAGGGGUUACGCCCGUCAUCCAUCACUGCAUAUUCACUGGAGGUCACAGACUGAAGCAACGUGACACCUCGUUUUAGACCAAAACAAGAGCUACUAGGAUGUUGCACUGGCUGAUCACGGUAAAAUUUUAUUUUAUUUUUAUUAAACGGUAGACAAAAGAACAAAGCACUCUCGAUCUACACAACCCAAGGUUUUACAUUUUGAUAGACUCGCUGUCUUUGCCGUGAGUAUUUCAGACUUUGAUGCUGAUUUCACUGAGAAAUAACAAUCUUGUCAACACUGUAACAUUUUCUGAUUUUGUUUUUCCUGUAAUGUUAUUCCUAUGGGGGAAAAAAAAAAAAAAAACCUUUUUAAAAUUCCUAAUAAAUUAUUUUAAAACAUUCCA